AUGGCCGUGGCUGACUUGCAGACGGCCAGGGAAGAGAAAAAUCGGGAGAAGGUCGAGGCGGCCAAGAAGGAGGUUCAGGCGGCCGAGAAGAAGGUCGACGCGAGUCCAGCCCAGGACUGGUGUCAGAAACUGCUCGACCAAGAGUUGGAAUUUGGCACUGGCGACGCACUGCUGAGCACCAUCGGUGCGAAGUGGGACUACUGUGGCAGAGAAGACCUUGUCAAUGACUUGCAAGUGCCUUUCGCGCGUCUUUGUGAGCACAAAGGUGUGGAUGAAGACAAGCAGAACCACCCGCUGCUAAUAGCAUUUGCCAGCCCAGGACAGGGCAAAUCGCGCCUCCUCUCAGAGCUCCCCGCCAUGAUCGAGGAGUGUCGCAAGAAGCUCAACACCGAACAGGUGCGGCAGUACAAGAAGACCCUGGCCUUCUUGAUCACCUGUGAGAACGGCACCUCACCUGGAAACUGGACAACGGAGGAGCUGAAUGCUGGACGCUUCUUUGCCUGCCGCAUGCUGUGGCAGCUGUGGUCGGCCAACCAGGCGGCAUUCAAAGCAGCCGGAGCUCCGGAGGACUUUGCUGCAUUCCGUGCUCAGUGCCUCCAAAAUCUGGUGCCAGACGAUGUGUUGAAAGCCGUGCUACCAGACACAAUGGAAACCACUAUCGUCGUUCUGGGAGUGGACGGCAUGCAGGGCCUCGAAGGCUUCGACCCACGUGCAGGGGAGGCAGGUAAGGCGAAACCGUUCUAUGAGGUCAUGCGAGAAGUGUGCCGGCUCGUCAACCAAAAGGCCUCUCCGCUGGUGGUAGGAUGCGUGUCUGCCACUCAAAGUCUGGAUCACGGCCUGGCAUUGUGA